AUCUGGCUCGUUCCUGCCCACAGAAAAAGACUACAUAUGCCGACGCUCUGUCGGAUAACAGAGCAGUCGGCACGGAGAAUGGUGGGGGAGCUCUAGCCCCCACGACUGGGCAGGAACAGCCGGCGACGGGGGCAGGAGGAGAAGCCCUGGUCGAGGUGGAGGAGGCCCCUUCGAGUGCGACACCAAUGCAGGAGGGGUCUCCGAACAAGGUGGAGCAGCUCGCCCUGGCUCCAGGCGUCAGCAGCAGGCGAAAGAAGAGCGGUGCAUCCCCCCGGGGGAGGAAGAAGAGCAGAAGGGAGGCGCAACCCGACGCAUCCAGCCCUCCGGCGGCCACCUCGCCAGCAGUGGCGGCCGGGGACCAAGGCCGACAGUGUCCCCCCUCCCCGAUCACUAGGAGAAUGGAGAAAGCAGUGGAUUGGACUGAUGACAAGUACUGGGCAGCCUGGGAUAAGUGGGAUGAGGUGAUAGAUUGGGGAGAUGAAAAGUCUUCACCCACAACACCUCCCUCUAUCCAGGCUGGCACCAGCACUGGAGACGUGGAUGUUGGGGUGGAACAUUACCAGCAGCCAGUAUUCAAACGCCAGCAAAAGAAACUGGUUUUGAGGAUGCAAAUUCAUCUCAGUGUGCAGCCUCAGCCUCAACAUGUGGUCCAGAACGUAAAUGACAGGGAGGAAGAAGCCCCAGUUCUGUCUAACCUGUCAUCCUGGAGGGAACCUGUUACUCAGGAACACAGGGAGUCCAACAGGCAUAAGGACCCAUUCUCCGUGCCUGGAUAUGAGACCCACCACUGGCCCAGAGAAAGAUACUGGUCGCGACAGCCAGCAAAGACAGUCAUUGAUGAAAAUAUCAUCCUGGGCUUCUGCAAUGGCCUGAUGGCUUUUUCACUGUCAUGAA